GGACAGCAUGGGUUCCACUUCGUGGCGCAAGUCGCUCUGAGGGGUAGCCGUGACACCCAGGUGGCCACGACUGAGGGGCGCUGUUCCUUUACUCUCAGAUGGGGUUGAAAGCCGGUUGAGGCCCUAUUCGGAGAACUCACCGAAGUCGUGUUUGGGCAUCAGGCCGGCUUGGAGGCUGCAGCUUUAGCGGACACCACUGGGUAGAUUCGGCGCCGCGGCCAGUGAGCGUGGGCGAGAUGCGGAGCAGGAGCAAUUCUGGGGUCCGCCUGGACGGGUACGCGAGGCUGGUGCAGCAAACCAUCUUAUGUUACCAGAACCCAGUCACUGGGCUGUUAUCAGCCAGCCAUGACCAGAAGGAUGCCUGGGUACGAGACAACAUCUACAGCAUCCUGGCUGUUUGGGGCCUGGGCAUGGCCUACCGCAAGAAUGCUGACCGUGAUGAGGAUAAAGCAAAGGCCUAUGAGUUGGAACAGAACGUGGUGAAGCUGAUGCGAGGUCUCCUGCAGUGCAUGAUGAGACAAGUGGACAAAGUGGAGAAGUUCAAGCACACUCAGAGCACCAAGGACAGUCUGCACGCCAAGUAUAACACUGCUACUUGCAGUACCGUGGUGGGUGAUGACCAGUGGGGCCACCUCCAGGUGGAUGCCACCUCCCUCUUCCUACUGUUCCUGGCCCAGAUGACAGCCUCAGGCUUGCGUAUUAUUUUCACCCUCGAUGAAGUGGCCUUCAUACAGAAUCUUGUCUUUUACAUAGAAGCUGCAUAUAAAGUUGCUGAUUACGGAAUGUGGGAACGUGGAGAUAAGACUAAUCAGGGCAUUCCAGAACUGAACGCCAGCUCUGUGGGAAUGGCCAAGGCAGCACUUGAGGCAAUUGACGAACUCGAUCUUUUUGGAGCCCAUGGAGGACGCAAGUCAGUCAUUCAUGUCCUGCCUGACGAAGUGGAGCACUGCCAGUCAAUUCUUUUCUCCAUGUUGCCACGAGCAUCAACAUCUAAAGAAAUCGAUGCCGGACUUCUUUCUAUUAUUUCUUUCCCGGCCUUUGCAGUAGAAGAUGCGAACCUUGUGAAUGUGACCAAAAAUGAAAUUAUUUCCAAGCUUCAGGGGCGUUAUGGAUGUUGUCGCUUCCUUCGGGAUGGUUAUAAAACCCCAAGAGAGGACCCUCAUCGACUGCAUUAUGACCCUGCUGAACUUAAGCUCUUUGAAAACAUUGAAUGUGAAUGGCCCGUGUUCUGGACUUACUUAAUCAUAGAUGGAAUCUUCAAUGGUGAUGCUGUUCAGGUCCAAGAAUACCGAGAAGCUCUGGAGGGAAUAUUAAUCAGAGGCAAAGAUGGGAUCCACUUGGUGCCAGAACUCUAUGCCAUCCCGCCAGACAAGGUGGAUGAAGAGUACAAGAACCCUCACACGGUAGACCGAAUUCCACUGGGGAAGCUGCCCCAUCUUUGGGGACAGUCCUUGUACAUCCUUAGUUCUCUGCUGGCAGAGGGAUUCCUUGCCACUGGUGAAAUUGAUCCCUUAAAUAGAAGAUUUGCUACUUCAGUCAAACCUGAUGUUGUAGUACAAGUCGCUGUUUUGGCAGAAAACAGUCACAUUAAGGGGCUGUUGCGACAACAUGGGGUAAAUGUCCAGAGCAUCGCUGACGUGCAUCCAGUUCGAGUCCAGCCAGGCCGGAUUCUUAGUCACGUAUAUGCCAAACUUGGACGAAAUAAGAAUAUGAAGUUGAGUGGUCGACCAUAUCGCCACAUUGGUGUCCUCGGCACCUCUAAACUCUAUGUGAUUAGGAACCAGAUCUUCACUUUUACACCCCAGUUCACCGACCAGCAUCACUUCUACCUGGCCCUGGACAACGAGAUGAUUGUGGAGAUGCUGAGGAUCGAGCUGGCCUAUCUGUGCACGUGCUGGCGGAUGACUGGCCGCCCCACACUCACCUUCCCUGUCACACACACCAUGCUCACCAAUGAUGGAUCAGACAUUCAUCCUGCAGUUCUUUCUACAAUUAGGAAACUAGAAGAUGGAUAUUUUGGAGGUGCUAGAGUAAAGCUAGGAAACCUGGCAGAGUUCCUCACUACCUCAUUCUAUACGUACCUGACCUUCUUGGAUCCAGACUGUGACGAGAAGUUGUUUGAUGACAUCAGUGAUGGGAGCUUUAGCCCUGACAGCGAGUUAGAACUGGGAGGAUACCUGGAAGACAGCAGCCAUCCAGAAAGCCAAGAUGAACUUGACCAGUAUAUCAACCACCUUCUUCAAAGCACAGCCUUGAAGUGCUACCUGCCCCCUCUUUGUAAGAAGUCAGAAGACAGCCAUGUUUUCAGUGCUAUCCACUCCACUCGGGACAUACUUUCUGUGAUGGCCAAAGCAAAGGGUUUGGAAACUCCAUUUUUUCCAAUGGUUUUGCCAACUAAAGUUCUAAGUGGACACCGUAAGUCACUGAAUCUUGUUGACUCCCCUCAGCCACUCCUAAAGAAGACUCCUGACUAUGACUACCAGUGGCCCAGAGAUGACCAUGGUGAAAUGGACUGUGAGAAGCUAGUUGGGCAGCUGAAAGACUGCUCAAACCUCCAGGACCAAGCAGACAUUCUGUACAUUCUCUAUGUGAUAAAGGGUCCCAGCUGGGAUACCAAUCUGUCUGGACAGCGUGGAGUCACUGUUCACAGUCUUCUUAGCGAGCUCUAUGGAAAAGCUGGCCUAAACCAAGAAUGGAGUUUGGUCCGCUACAUUUCAGGCCUGCUCAGGAAGAAAGUGGAGGUCCUGGCUGAGGCCUGUGCAGAUCUGCUGUCCCACCAGAAGCAGCUUACAGUCGGCCUGCCCCCUGAGCCCCGGGAGAAGACCAUCUCCACGCCUCUUCCCCCAGAGGAGCUCACAAAACUCAUCUACGAGGCCAGUGGACAGGACAUCAGCAUUGCUGUCCUCACACAGGAGAUCGUGGUUUACCUGGCCAUGUAUGUCCGGGCCCAGCCUAGCCUCUUUGCAGAGAUGCUCAGACUCCGAAUUGGAUUGAUCAUCCAGGUGAUGGCCACAGAGUUGGCUCGGAGCUUGAACUGCUCAGGAGAAGAAGCCUCAGAGAGUUUGAUGAACCUCAGCCCCUUUGACAUGAAGAACCUCCUGCAUCAUAUUCUGAGUGGGAAGGAGUUCGGUGUGGAGAGAAGCGUGCACCCAAUUCACUCCUCCACAUCCAGCCCUGCCAUCUCCAUCCAUGAGGUGGGUCACACUGGUGUCACCAAGACUGAGAGGAGUGGUAUCAACAGGCUAAGGAGUGAGAUGAAACAGAUGACUAGGCGAGCUAGUGCUGAUGAGCAGUUCUUUCCUGUGGGCCAGGCUGUGUCCAACAGUUUGCAUUCCUUCAAGUCUGCGAGGUCCAGCACCCCAUCAUCCCCAACGGGCACAUCAUCUACAGACUCCGGGGGACACCACAUGGGCUGGGGCGAGCAGCAGGGCCAGUGGCUGCGCAGGAGAAGGCUGGAUGGGGCCAUCAACAGGGUCCCCGUGGGAUUCUACCAGAGAGUGUGGAAGAUUCUUCAGAAGUGCCAUGGUCUGUCCAUCGAUGGUUAUGUCCUCCCAUCCUCAACAACCCAAGAGAUGACCCCAUAUGAGAUCAAGUUUGCUGUCCAUGUGGAGUCCGUACUCAACCGCGUGUCCCAGCCCGAGUAUCGGCAGCUGCUGGUGGAAGCCAUCAUGGUACUAACACUGCUCUCAGAUACGGAGAUGGACAGUAUUGGAGGCAUCAUCCAUGUGGACCAGAUUGUACAGCUGGCCCAUCAGAUGUUUCUGCAGGACCAGGUAUCAUUUGGAGCCAUAGACAUCCUGGAAAAAGACCAAGCCACGGGAAUUUGCCACUCCUUUUAUGACAGCGCUCCUAGUGGGGCUUAUGGUACAAUGACCUACCUAACGAAAGCAGUGGCUUCUCAUUUGCAGGAACUGCUGCCCAGCUCUGGCUGCCAGAUGCAAUAGGGCCUUAGCCAUAAACAUGAGCACCCUCUGAA